AUGGCGGCCCACACCAUAGAGUACUGGUACAGCAGGAGACUGGCGGCCCACACCAUAGAGUACUGGUACAGCAGGAGACUGGCGGCCCACACCAUAGCAGUACUGGUACAGCAGCAGGAGACUGGCGGCCCACACCAUAGAGUACUGGACUGGUGGCCCAACGGUUCAGGACUGGUGGCCCAACGGUUCAGGACUGGUGCCCCAACGGUUCAGGACUGGUGCCCCAACGGUUCAGGACUGGUGCCCCAACGGUUCAGGACUGGUGGCCCAACGGUUCAGGACUGGUGCCCCAACGAUUCAGGACUGGUGCCCCAACGAUUCAGGACUGGUGCCCCAACGGUUCAGGACUGGUGGCCCAACGGUUCAGGACUGGUGGCCCAACGGUUCAGGACUGGUGCCCCAACGGUUCAGGACUGGUGCCCCAACGGUUCAGGACUGGUGGCCCAACGGUUCAGGACUGGUGGCCCAACGGUUCAGGACUGGUGGCCCAACGGUUCAGGACUGGUGGCCCAACGGUUCAGGACUGGUGGCCCAACGGUUCAGGACUGGUGGCCCAACGGUUCAGGACUGGUGGCCCAACGGUUCAGGACUGGUGGCCCAACGGUUCAGGACUGGUGGCCCAACGGUUCAGGACUGGUGGCCCAACGGUUCAGGACUGGUGGCCCAACGGUUCAGGACUGGUGGCCCAACGGUUCAGGACUGGUGGCCCAACGGUUCAGGACUGGUGCCCCAACGGUUCAGGACUGGUGCCCCAACGGUUCAGGACUGGUGCCCCAACGGUUCAGGACUGGUGGCCCAACGGUUCAGGACUGGUGGCCCAACGGUUCAGGACUGGUGGCCCAACGGUUCAGGACUGGUGGCCCAACGGUUCAGGACUGGUGGCCCAACGGUUCAGGACUGGUGGCCCAACGGUUCAGGACUGGUGGCCCAACGGUUCAGGACUGGUGGCCCAACGGUUCAGGACUGGUGGCCCAACGGUUCAGGACUGGUGGCCCAACGGUUCAGGACUGGUGGCCCAACGGUUCAGGACUGGUGGCCCAACGGUUCAGGACUGGUGGCCCAACGGUUCAGGACUGGUGGCCCAACUUCGCCGUGUCUUCAUCUUGA